AUGUCUUAUCUUGCUUUUGUUUACUGUUUACAUAGUACAUCAUUGGUGUUAGUACCUACGCUGAGUUACUGUCGUUUGGAUACGCCUGGCACACACACACACACGCACGGUUAUAUACAGGCAAGCGACGUUACGACUGACCAACGCAAGGUAAUGCUACACUCGGAGCCUUAUGAUGCGCUCCAAGAGGCCUACGAAGGCGGACAGCCUCUUGGCGAGCAGACGGAGUUGAGAGGCCAGGACGGUCAUAUCUCCUGGGCCAACGCCAUUCCUGGCAAGCAGGGGUUGUAUGAUCCUGACUAUGAGAAGGACGCCUGUGGUGUCGGCUUCGUGGCCAACAUCAAGGGCGAGCCAUCGCAUAAGAUCGUCUCGGAUGCAAAAUAUUUGCUAUGUAACAUGACCCAUCGUGGCGCAGUCUCGACUGACGGUAACGGUGACGGUGCCGGUAUCCUGGUCGGGAUUCCACAUGAGUUCAUGCAGCGGGAGUUCCGCAUGGAGGCGGGUGUCGAGGUUCCCGCCAAGCAUCAGUAUGCUGUCGGUAACAUCUUCUUCAAGAAGGAUGCAGCAGAGGUCCUAGAGGCCUCGAAGCAAACUUUCGGCCAGCUAGCCGAGUCGCUCGACUUGCGGGUUUUGGGUUGGAGGGAGGUCCCACACGACUCUUCCAUUCUAGGUUCCGUUGCGCUAUCGCGCGAACCCACUAUCCUACAACCGUUGGUUGUGCUGAAAGAGACUUAUGGGCAGGAGAUAUCCGGUGAAGAAUUCCAGGCUAAAUACGAGACGACGUUCCGGAUGCAGUUGUACAUUUUAAGAAAGCAGGCUUCUACGGCCAUCGGUAUCCAGAACUGGUUCUACGUGUGCUCCCUAAAUAACCGGACAAUUGUGUACAAAGGUCAAUUGACCCCUGCCCAGGUGUAUAAUUAUUACCACGACUUGACCAAUGCUCAUUUCAAGUCUCACCUGGCGCUGGUACACUCUCGUUUCUCCACCAAUACAUUCCCAUCUUGGGACCGUGCCCAGCCUCUGCGCUGGCUUGCACACAACGGUGAAAUUAAUACCCUAAGAGGCAACAAAAACUGGAUGCGUGCGAAGGAAGGUGUCAUGGCAUCCGCCGUUUUCCAAGACCAACUGGAGAAGCUUUAUCCGAUUAUCGAAGAAGGCGGAUCCGACUCUGCCGCGCUGGACAAUGUGCUAGAAUUACUAGUGAUAAAUGGUGUUCUGUCAUUACCCGAAGCGAUGUGCUUGAUGGUUCCAGAAGCCUACCACAAGGACAUGGAUUCUAACCUGAAGGCUUGGUUUGACUGGGCCGCCUGUUUGAUGGAACCAUGGGAUGGCCCUGCGUUGCUCACCUUUACCGAUGGCCGCUACACCGGCGCUACAUUGGACCGCAACGGUUUGCGCCCAUGCAGAUUCUAUAUUACUUCAGAUGAUCGGGUUAUCUGCGGCUCCGAAGUUGGUGUUAUCCCUGUCGCAAAUGAACUCGUUGUUUGCAAGGGUAAGCUAAAGCCAGGCGAUAUGUUGCUUGUAGACACGGAGAAGGGUGAAAUGGUAGACACCAACAUGCUGAAGAAAGAGUUUUCGUUGAGACAGGACUUUAAGUCAUGGCUUUCAAAGGUGAUUAAGCUAGAUGACUUGUCCGAGAAAACCAAAAAGUACACUCCACAGGCCUUCACUCCAUCGCAUUCUACUGGUCAUGUCCAGCAAGACCCCAGACUCUUAGCGCUUGGUUACACCUUUGAGCAGGUUUCCCUCCUUUUGAUUCCUAUGGCCCUACAGGGGAAAGAAGCAUUGGGAUCUAUGGGUAAUGACGCUCCUUUGGCUUGCUUGAACGAGGAUCCUGUUCUUGUUUACGAUUACUUCAGGCAAUUGUUUGCCCAAGUUACCAACCCUCCAAUUGACCCUAUCCGUGAGGCGAAUGUCAUGUCCCUGGAGUGUUUUGUGGGUCCCCAAGGCAACUUGUUGGAGAUGCAUCCAUCUCAGUGUGACCGUCUACUGCUGCGGUCUCCAGUUCUCAUGUGGGAUGAAUUCGAGGCUCUAAAGAAUAUAGAGAAAGUCCAUCCAACUUGGUCUACCGCACACAUCGACAUAACCUUCCAAAAAUCUGAGGGGUUGCUUGGUUAUACCAAUGCUAUAGAACGUAUCACACAAGAAGCCUCGGAUGCUAUUGAGCAAGGCAAGAAGAUACUGAUGAUCUCUGAUAGGAAAAUUGACGCUGAGCAUGUGCCCAUCUCCUCACUGAUCGCUGUUGGAGCUAUUCACCAUCACCUAAUCAGAAACAAGCAGCGCUCCCAGGUUGCUUUAAUCUUGGAGACUGGCGAAGCCCGCGAAGUUCACCAGUUCUGUGUUCUUCUUGGCUAUGGGUGUGACGGUAUUUUCCCUUACUUAGCGAUGGAAACCCUGGUCAGAAUGAAUAACGAAGGUUUAGUUCGGAAUGUUAACGAUGACAACUCUGAUAUUACAGAUGAGCAACUGUUGCAUAAUUACAAGGAAGCAAUUGACGGCGGUAUACUAAAAGUCAUGUCGAAGAUGGGUAUCUCUACUCUGGCAUCUUACAAGGGAGCGCAGAUAUUUGAAGCUUUAGGUAUUGAUAACUCAGUGAUUGAUUUGUGUUUUGCCGGAACCGCUUCUAGAAUUAAGGGUGUUACCUUUGAAUACAUUGCGCAAGACGCCUUUUCAUUGCACGAGCGCGGGUAUCCAUCGAGGUUUACGAUUAAGAGAUCUGUCAACUUGCCUGAAGCCGGCGAAUACCACUGGAGGGAUGGUGGCUAUAAGCACGUCAACGAGCCAAGUGCCAUUGCUGCAUUGCAGGAUUCUGUCCGUAACAAGAACGAGGAUGCAUGGUCCAUGUAUGUUCAAAAAGAGAUGGAAGCAAUUAGAGACUGUACCUUAAGAGGUUUGUUGGAUCUGGAUUACGAGUCGUCUACAGCUAUUCCACUAGAACAGGUCGAGCCAUGGACUGAGAUUGCCAGAAGAUUUGCUACCGGUGCCAUGUCUUACGGUUCCAUCUCUAUGGAGGCUCACUCUACCCUAGCGAUUGCCAUGAACAGACUAGGUGCAAAAUCUAACUGUGGAGAGGGUGGUGAGGACCCUGAGCGUUCCAUUGUUCACCCUAACGGUGACACCAUGCGCUCUGCUAUCAAGCAGGUGGCCUCUGCAAGAUUCGGUGUAACCUCUCAUUACCUUUCUGAUGCAGAUGAGAUCCAGAUCAAAAUUGCUCAAGGUGCUAAGCCUGGUGAAGGUGGUGAGCUACCUGGCCAUAAGGUUUCGAAGGAAAUUGCGAAGACUAGACAUUCUACCCCAUAUGUCGGCCUCAUUUCUCCUCCUCCACACCACGACAUUUACUCUAUUGAAGACUUGAAACAGUUGAUUUAUGAUUUGAAGUGUGCUAAUCCUCGUGCUGGCAUAUCUGUUAAACUGGUUUCUGAAGUUGGUGUCGGUAUCGUUGCUUCUGGUGUUGCGAAAGCUAAGGCAGACCACAUUCUUGUUUCCGGCCAUGACGGUGGUACUGGUGCUGCUAGGUGGACUUCUGUUAAGUACGCAGGUCUUCCAUGGGAAUUGGGUUUGGCAGAGACUCACCAAACAUUGGUUCUCAACGAUCUACGUCGUAACGUUGUUGUCCAGACGGACGGUCAACUAAGAACCGGCUUUGAUAUUGCUGUUGCCAUUCUCCUUGGUGCGGAAUCGUUCACUCUUGCUACCAUUCCUUUGAUUGCUAUGGGCUGUGUUAUGUUGCGGAAGUGCCACUUGAACGCCUGUGCAGUUGGUAUCGCAACUCAAGAUCCUGUAUUGAGAGCUAAGUUCCAAGGCCAACCGGAGCAUGUAAUUAACUUCUUCUAUUAUUUGAUUCAGGACUUGAGAAAGAUUAUGGCGAAACUUGGCUUCCGUACUGUAACAGAAAUGGUAGGCCAUUCGGAGAAGCUAAGAAAGAGAGACGACGUUUCUACAAAGGCAUUAAACAUAGACUUAUCGCCUAUCUUGACACCAGGCCAUGUUAUUCGCCCUGGCGUUCCUACAAGCUUCACCAAAAAGCAGGACCACAAGUUACACGUCCGCCUCGACAACAAAUUAAUUGACGAGGCUGAAGUCACAUUGGAUAAAGGAUUGCCAGUAACAAUCGAUGCCUCGAUUAUCAAUACUGAUCGUGCCUUAGGAUCUACUUUAUCGUAUAGAGUAUCAAAGAGGUUCGGUGAGCAUGGUCUACCACAGGACACAAUUGUUGUUAAAAUCAAUGGUUCGGCAGGCCAGUCUUUUGGUGCUUUCUUAGCUUCUGGUAUUACUUUUAUUCUAGAUGGUGAUGCCAACGACUAUGUUGGUAAGGGCUUGUCCGGUGGUAGAAUUAUCAUUAAGCCUCCCCAGAACUCUAAGUUCGAAUCUGAUGAAAAUGUCAUCAUUGGUAACACCUGUUUCUACGGUGCCACUUCUGGCUAUGCGUUUAUUGCUGGUAGCGUCGGUGAGCGUUUUGCUGUCCGUAACUCCGGUGCGACAUUAGUCGUGGAAAGGAUUAAGGGUAACAACGCUUUCGAGUAUAUGACAGGUGGUAGAGCUGUUGUGUUGUCUCAGAUGGAGUCAUUAAAUGCAUUCUCCGGUGCAACUGGUGGUAUUGCUUACUGUUUGACUUCUGACUAUGACGAUCUGGUUGGAAAGAUUAACCUGGACACAAUCGAGCUACAGAGCUUGAGCGACCCGGUGGAGAUCGCUUUCGUCAAAAACUUAAUCCAGGAGCACUACAACUACACAAAGUCUGAGCUGGCAGCGAGAAUCUUGCAUAACUUUAACCAUUAUUUGAAGAAUUUCGUUAAGGUCAUUCCUUUGGACUACAAGAAGGUUUUGGAAAAUGAGGCUGCCGAAAAGACCAAGGAGAAGGAGAGAAGUGCAAAUGAAUAUUUGCGGACAUUCAGCAAGAAGCUCAAUUUGUCUGCUGAUGCCACCAAUGGAGAGGUAAGCAAGCUUCUCUCCAAGAAAAACCAGGCCGCAGCUCGUCCGAUUUCUAUCAAAGCGACUUUGGCAGAGCCAAAGGUUGUGGAUUUGGAAGACGCUGUUCAAAAUCCUGAUCAAGAGGACAAUAUCAAAAAACUAGAUCGUAUCAACGGUUUCAUUAAAUAUAAGUUGCGGCACGAAGAGUAUAGGAACGUUGCAACCAGGACAAAGGACUGGAAAGAGCUCACUUCUGCAAUAACGAAGAAGGCAGCAAAGUUCCAGACUGCUAGAUGUAUGGACUGUGGUGUUCCAUUCUGUACCUCUGAUACCGGUUGUCCAAUCUCCAAUGUCAUUCCAAAGUUCAACGAACUUGUCUUUAAGAACCAGUGGAAGCUUGCUCUGGACAAACUUUUGGAGACAAACAAUUUCCCAGAAUUUACCGGCAGAGUGUGUCCAGCUCCGUGCCAGGGUGCUUGUACCUUGGGUAUCAGUGAAGACCCUGUUGGCAUCAAGUCUAUCGAGCGUCUCAUCAUCGAUAAUGCCUUCAAGGAAGGGUGGAUCAAACCAUGUCCUCCUGAAGUCAGAACUGGCCGUACUGUUGCUAUAAUUGGUUCUGGUCCCGCUGGUCUAUCUUGUGCCGACCAGUUGAACCGCGCUGGCCACUCGGUUACAGUCUACGAACGUGCCGACCGUUGCGGGGGUCUUUUGAUGUACGGUAUUCCAAAUAUGAAGCUUGACAAAUCCAUCGUUCAGAGACGUUUGGACUUGCUCGCGGCAGAGGGUAUCGAAUUCGUGACGAACACCGAAAUAGGCAAGGAUAUCACAAUGAGCGAGUUGAAGUCAAAAUUUGACUCCGUCGUUUACGCCGUGGGCUCGACCAUUCCAAGAGACCUACGCAUUCCAGGCCGUGAGUUGAAGAAUAUCGACUUUGCAAUGACUCUGUUGAAGAACAACACCCAAGCGCUCCUAGAGAAGGACCUGGGCACCAUUAGAAAGCAUAUAGAGGGAAAGAAGGUCAUUGUCAUUGGUGGUGGUGAUACUGGUAAUGACUGUCUGGGCACUUCUGUCAGGCACGGCGCUGCAAGUGUGUUGAACUUUGAGCUGCUACCACAGCCUCCAAAGGAGCGCGCUAAGGACAACCCUUGGCCUCAGUGGCCGCGUGUUAUGCGCGUUGACUACGGUCACGCAGAGGUCAAGGAGCAUUACGGCAGAGACCCCCGGGAGUUCUGUAUACUCUCCAAGGAAUUCGUGGGCAACGAAAAUGGCGAGGUCACCGCGAUCAAGACGGUCCGCGUGGAAUGGAAGAAGUCGCAGUCCGGUGUAUGGCAGAUGGUGGAGGUCCCAGGCUCAGAGGAGACAUACGAGGCCGAUGUUGUUCUGCUCUCUAUGGGCUUUGUCGGCCCUGAGCUGAUCGAAGACCCUGCGGUCACAAAGACCCGCAGAGGCACUAUUGGCACUGUCUCCGACAUGUCCUACUCUGUGGACGGCGGCAAGCUAUUCGCCGCAGGUGACUGCAGAAGAGGCCAGUCGCUAAUUGUCUGGGCCAUCCAAGAGGGCAGGAAGUGUGCGACUGCCAUUGACAACUAUUUGAUGGGUUCUACAAACCUACCCGGGAACGGUGGGAUUGUGAAGCGCGACUACAAGCUUCUCGAGGAACUAGCAUCCGCUUUUUGA